CUGACUAAAAGAGAAUGAGGAAGUAGGAAUGGGCCGCCCAUGCAAUCAAAGGAGGAAACUGGAAAGCAGCUUAUAUCCAGGUGUUGCAAUUUGAUUGGGUGUUUAACUUUUUUUGCUUUUAUUUUGUUUGUUUCUUUGCUCUCUUUCCAUUUUGAGUCUGCUUUCUUCAUCGAUACGUGUGCCUAUAAAACACCAUAUUUGAAUCAAACCCUAAACUAAAAUUCUCAUUAUCCAUUACCCAGCAAAGAAAGAUCUACUCUAGGUAGCUACAGUAGUAACCAAUCCAAUAAGCUAGCUGAGAGAGAGAGAGAGAGAGAGAGAGAGAGAUAUUAACAUCAUGAGGAACCCAUCAUCGGGAGGAGGGUCGACGAGCAAGACACCAUGUUGUAGCAAAGUGGGGAUAAAAAGAGGGCCAUGGACUCCUGAGGAAGAUGAGAUUUUAUCAAAUUACAUCAAAAGAGAAGGUGAAGGACGGUGGCGCACUCUACCAAAACGUGCCGGAUUGCUCCGCUGUGGCAAGAGCUGUCGGCUUCGGUGGAUGAAUUAUCUCCGUCCUUCUGUUAAGAGAGGACGUAUUGCUCCUGAUGAGGAAGAUCUCAUUCUUCGCCUUCACCGCUUACUUGGUAACAGGUGGUCUUUGAUAGCUGGAAGAAUUCCAGGACGAACUGACAAUGAGAUAAAAAACUAUUGGAACACCCAUCUUAGCAAGAAGCUAAUCAGCCAAGGAAUAGAUCCAAGAAACCACAAGCCACUAGUACUCAACCCUAACCCUAAUAAUUCCCCAGAAGUAAUAAUAGCUCAUGAUCAUGCUGCAUCAAUUUCAAACCCAAAGCCUAAAUCUAAUUUGUCUCCCGGGUUAUUACAAGAAACUGGUGGAAGCUCUCUAGUCAGUGGUAUUCAAAUAAGUGAUGCAAAUGACCAACUGGGUCAAUAUCAAAAUCUGGUGGUGAAUGAUAUUAGUAACACUCAGAAUUGGCAUAAUUCUGAUGGUGCAAUGACCAUGGGAUUGCGAGGUGGCUAUGUACAAGGAAAUGAAGAAGAUUAUAUUGAAAACUGCAAUGAGGAUACCUUCUCUUCAUUUCUGGAUUCUUUGAUUGAUGACAAUAUGUUUGUGAAUCAACAACAACAACAGCCUACUUUUAAUCCUCUCAUUUCUUCUUCUUCUUCCGCGCCGACCUUCAACCAUGCUGCCAUCUGGGAAGCUGACCCGCGUGUUUUGUAGUGUGAUCAGAUCUGCAAGACAUACUUCGUGUGAUGAACAAAGUGAGUUAAACAUAAUCACCUAGCAUGAUCAUGAGGGGCACCAAAACUAUAUCAAUUUGAUUAUCAUUUUAUGUGUGUGAUGUUCUUGUGAUAUCUUUUUUUUUUUUUAUAAUUUUUUUCUUGUGUUUUUCAUAAUUGUGUUUUAAGAAAAACUUAGACUACAUGAUUGUUAGAAAUUAUAGAUCUUUAGUGUCAAUGUAUUAUGUAUUAGUUUGCAAAUGAUUAUAAAAAGAACAAAAAAAAGUAUUGGUUUGCAAAUGAAAUGUUCAUUCUUGUU